ACCUAAAGGCCUAAACCUCGCAAAAGCCCGACCCAAACCCUAAAACCUCCACGAACAACACCAUCCUAAUUCGCAUGGACUUCUCUCGCCGGAAAGCGGCGGCGCUGGCCGCGCUCUCCUCGCCGGCGCCGGACAAGUCCCCUAAAGGCGGGGUAGACGCCCCCAUCGCCCCACUUCUCGACGCCAUCAACUCCCAUGCGGAUCUCUUCACCACCUCCUCCUGCUCCGGCCGCAUCUCAGUCCUCGCACAGCCCUCGCCGCAGCCUCACCCUGGUGAACCCAAGCCCAAGAAGAAGGCCCGUGGCGGCGGGUGGGUGUACAUCUCGCAUGACCCCGCCGACCCGGAUGCCGUUGUGGAGUUGCUCUUCGGUGGGAAGGCUGUCGGGGAGAGGGGUGGAGGGGAGGAGCUGGUGCUCAGGUUCGAGCCGAUGAUUGUGGCGGUGGAGUGCAGGGAUGCUGCGGCGGCCGCGGCGCUCGUCGCCGUGGCAGUCGGCGCGGGAUUCCGGGAAUCAGGUAUCACAAGCUUGCAAAGACGUGCUAUGGUAGCAAUAAGAUCCUCAAUUCGCAUGGAGGUCCCUAUUGGCUUGAUUGAUGGACUUGUAGUUUCUCCCGAGUACAUCCGGUACCUUGUUAGAAUUGCCAACUGUAAAAUGGAGUCAAACAAGAAGCGAAUGGAUGGAUUUCUAGAUGUUCUGCAGUCAAAGGGUCUGCCAGGAAUAUCUGGGUUGCUAGAUGGUUGUAACAAAACAGAUAGUUGUUGCUUGGGCUCCAAAGUUAAGUUGUCACACAAUAGGACUGUGCAGACACAUAAUGAAGUGUUAGUUGCAGAAAAGAGAAGCAACGACUACAGUUGUGAAGCUGGCGAGAAAGGUGAUGGCGAAAUUUGUGAGAAGUCAAUAGAAGGAUCAUAUUUUGAAAAUCGAGACCCUCCACGCGACAACGGUGCCAAGUAUGGUUUUGGUAAUGCUGAACGAUUAAUGCAUGAGGGGAAAUUGUCAGCGUUAUCACGAAAUAAAUGUUGCCAUCUUUCUAUUACUGAUUUGAAGAUUAGUGGUGAACCGAUUGAGAAGCUCUUCUUGUGGGGCCAAUCUGCCUGUGCUGUAAAUGUUGGAGGAGAGCAGCGGGUCGUAACUUUUGGUGGUUUUGGAGGACCUGGGAGGCAUGCAAGAAGAAAUUACUCCCUUCUGCUUGAUCAGAAAUCUGGCUUGUUGACGGAAAUAAAUGUUAAAGAGUCACCUUCACCACGGAUGGGUCAUACAGUUGCUGUAAUAGACAAUCACAUUUAUGCUAUUGGAGGUAGGGCUGGUCCUUCAGAAAUUCUUGAAGAUGUCUGGGUUUUCCAAAGCACUGAGAAUAGAUGGUCAAGAGUAGAGUGCACUGGAAAUAUUUUCCGUCCAAGACACCGACAUGCUGCUGCUGCAGCAGCUUUGAAAAUAUAUGUGUUUGGUGGACUCAGUAAUGAAGGCAUGUAUUCUUGUAUGAAUAUACUGGACACCGAAAACAUGCAGUGGAAUGUGAUUGCUGCAGCUAGUGAAUGGCCGUGUGCUCGGCAUUCACAUUCUCUGGUGUCUUAUGGUUCAAAGUUGUACAUGUUUGGGGGUCAUGAUGGUCAGCGGGCACUAAACGACUUCUAUAGUUUUGAUAUAACAACGCUUAGGUGGAACAAAGAAAGCACUAGUGGAAGAACACCAUCUCCUAGAUUUUCACAUUGCAUGUUCAUCUACAAACACUAUCUUGGGAUACUUGGUGGUUGCCCUAUUAGAGAAAACAACCAAGAAGUUGCUCUGCUAAGCUUAGAGCAUAGAGUUUGGUUCCAUGUUUCUAUUCCAUCUCUAGGCCAAUGCCUCUGUGUCCGUAGCUCAGCUGUUGUCACUGAUGAUGAUCUUGUUGUCGUUGGUGGUGGUGCAUCUUGCUAUGCAUUUGGAACAAAAUUUAGUCAACCAGUAAAAAUUGAUCUUCAUUUACUGGAUUCAGUAUUUGAACUUGUUUACAAGAAAAAUGACAUGGUUAUAGAAAGUUUUGAUCAAAUAUCUACCACAAAUUUACAAGAACAUGAGCAAAAUGGCACCUUUGUUAGUCAUGAUGUGAAGUCACUGGUUGAUACUGCCGCUAGUGAUUUUUCUGAUUCAGACCCUCUAGUUCUCCAAAUGGAAAAGAAGUAUGCCAAAUUAGCAAAGGACAUUCUGAAAAAGUUUGGUUGGUUGGACCUUGCUAGAAAAGUUCGAGUCAGCCAGGAUAAUGUCCAUGUUCUUUUUCCUGUUAGUAGAAUCUUUCACACCCUAAUCAUUGAUCAUCAUUCCAAGAUGCUAGAUGAUGACUCGUGUAUCUCUGAAGGAGUAUCAGAAUGUCCUGAAAAGAAGGUUUUAAAUGCUAGCACUUCUCUUCAUAAAGCUUUGGAAAUAUUGUCAUCAUGCCAUGGUUCCCUUUUGAAAGAUGAACUAGCACUCGGCCGAAAAGCUUUUAAGUCACCUCAAACCAUCAUGAGAGAACUUGUAUCUUCUCUACUGGAAAGAGAAGGAAUGCCCUCUCAGUUGUUACAGCAGCUGCCAACUAGGUGGGAAACCCUGGGUGAUAUCACUGUGCUUCCGAAGACUUGUUUUAAGGACCCACAAUGGGAAUCAAUUAAAGAAGAACUUUGGCAACUAGUUGCCAAGUUGCUUGGGGCACAACGUCUUGCACGCCAAGGGAAAAUCAUGCCAAAUGGCACACGAGAUAGCACAUUAGAACUUCUCGUGGGUGAUAAUGGCUGGGUAACCCACUUUGAAAAUGGCAUCUCGUAUUCACUUGAUGCAACAAAAUGCAUGUUUUCUUCUGGUAAUCGCUCCGAGAAGCUUCGCAUGGGGCAGCUUGAUUGUAGUGAUGAAGUGGUUGUGGACUUGUUUUCUGGAAUUGGAUACUUUGUGCUCCCAUUUCUUGUGAAGGCUAAUGCCAAGUUGGUUUAUGCAUGUGAAUGGAAUCCACAUGCUCUGGAGGCUCUUCACCGGAAUGUCAGGGACAACCGUGUAGCAGAUAGGUGUGUUAUACUUGAAGGAGAUAACCGUGUGAUAGCACCAAAAGGGGUUGCUGAUCGUGUUUGUCUUGGGCUGAUACCCUCCAGUGAAUGUAGCUGGGCCACUGCUGUUAAGGCUUUAAGGGUUGAAGGAGGCAUGCUGCAUAUACAUGGGAAUGUCAACGACUCAGAUGAAGCGAGCUGGUUGGACAGUGUUGUUGAGUCCAUCAGUAAUACUGCCACAACUCAUGGACUAUCUUGGAAAGUCUCUCUGGAGCAUGUGGAACGCGUCAAAUGGUAUGGGCCGCAUAUUCAACAUGUUGUAGUUGAUGUCAGAUGCCAAGCAAACUGAUAAAGAAAAAAACAGCUGAAAAUGUUUUGUGCAGCUUGUAAGGACGGAUCAUGUAUUACACUGUUCUCAAGGUAGAAAAGAUAUGUUGUAUGACGGAUCUGUUCCAUCGUGUUUUAGACUGAGUUUCUUCACUCCUGUUCGUCAGAGAAUAAAACCAUAUGUUGUAAUCUUCGAAAGAAAUGGUGCUUUACUCUUAGUACCGAUGAGAUAUUUGUGACGAUUCACAUUCCGGCAGCCAGAGCACAGUUACCAUU